AACACGCACGCGCGCGCGCACACGGACAGUGUUGCUUUAGUGGUUUGCCAAAAAAAAAAAAAACACAACAAGAAUAAAGAGGCGGAGAGUCGGGGUUUAUUAUUAUUAUUAUUAUUAUUAUUAUUAUUUUCCUCCUCGUGCAUGCAAUGACGCGUCGGUGUUAAGGCGCGUGCCUCUCUGCGGUCGCCCCGGAGGCUGGUUGCGCCAUGGCGGCCGCGCCGCUGACGAAGCGCUCGGGGACGGAACACGCUCGGAGGCGCGCGGACCCCCGCAGGAGGCAGGCGGCGCUUUCCUUCCUCAGCAACAUUUCUCUGGACGGGCGGCCCGUGCGCGGAGACGCGGACGCUCGCGCAGAGGAGGACGGCUCUCUGGAGGCGAGGACGACACGCAGCCCGGUUACCGCCGCCGCCGAGGAGGAGGAAGAAGAAGAAGAAGAAGAGGAGGAGGAAGAAGAGGAGGACGAGGAGGAGGCCCAGGCUCAGACUCCGAGCAGGCGCGCGAGCUUCGUGAUCGGCGCGAGCCCUCCUGCUGACGCGCAGCUGUUCCACGCGCAGGUGUUCGGCUCGCCUUUCGCCGUCACCGCCAGCGCGCGCGGCCGCCUGCACACGUUCACUCAGGGACUUCCGGCCGCCGCGUGCUGCAGACAGCAGCAGCAGAGCUCGUGCUGCCCGGAUGGAGGCGGCGGCGGACACAUCGGCACCUCCGCUUUUGAUCUGCACAAAUCCAGGCGGAGGCUGAUUUCCCAGCGUUCCUCACUUGAGACUCUGGAGGACAUUGAGGAGAAUGCUCCUCUUCGCAGAUGCCGAACCUUAUCAGGUUCACCCCGACCAAAGAGCUUCAAGAAGGUCCAUUUCAUCAAGAACAUGAGGCAACACGACAUCCACAACGGAAGGAUAGUCCUUAUCAGUGGCAGAAGAUCCUUCUAUAGUGUAUUUUCUGUCCUGCCCUAUCGAGAUUGUAGCCAAACAGGGGACGGUGUGAAAAUGGAGAGCGGACGUCAGCGUCACCCCUCAGGUGGCGUCAGUGCCAAGGAGAUGGUGAUCGGGCUUGAGGGUGUGGAACUGGGCGCCGACGGCAAGACGGUGUCCUACAUGCAGUUCCUCUACCCCACGAACGUCCUCGGCCGCCGCAACACCAUCGACUCCACGUCGUCCUUCUCUCAGUCUCGUAACGCUAGCCAUCGGAGCCUCAUCCUGGCGCGCGCCAACAGCCACCAGAGCAGCCUCGACACAGGGAACGAAGUGGGGGAUUUCAGGGAGUACGACCCCAACCUUCUGGACGACCCUCAGUGGCCAUGUGGAAAGCAUAAACGUGUGCUUAUAUUCCCUUCCUACAUGACCACGGUUAUCGAGUACGUCAAGCCCUCGGACCUGAAGAAGGACAUGAACGAGACGUUUAAGGAGAAGUUCCCUCACAUUCGCCUGACGCUGAGCAAGAUCAGGAGCCUGAAGCGAGAGAUCCGGAAGCUGGCCCAGGACGAGUGCGGCUUCGAGGAGCCCACCGUAGCCAUGGCCUUCGUGUAUUUCGAGAAGCUGGUGCUGCAGGGCAAACUCAACAAGCAGAACCGCAAGCUCUGCGCCGGAGCCUGCGUCCUCCUGGCAGCCAAGAUCGGCGGAGACCUCAAGAAGCACGAGGUCAAGAGCCUGAUCGACAAACUGGAGGAGAGGUUUCGGGUGAACCGGCGCGAGCUGAUCGCCUUCGAGUUCCCCGUGCUGGUGGCGCUGGAGUUCAACCUUCACCUGCCGGAGCAUGAGGUCAUGCCACACUACAGACGCCUCCUGCAGAACUCCUAGCAGCAGCUCCUCAUCAGGAGAGACGCUCCUCUCUCUCUCUCUCUCUCCUGAUUGGACCCCCAGAGAAGCUCUAUGCACAUGACCAUCUCUUUUUUAACCUGAGGUUUUUUUCCUCAAAGGGAGAAAAGAAAAACGUUUCAGCCAAAGUUUCUGGAAAUUUGAUUGCCUGCGUAGUUUUUAAAUAGACUUACAAAAGGACUGUUUGGUUCGCGUCCAAGCUUCUGCAGUCACUUUGGAUUGGAGACUGUUUUUAGUGCAUCAUGGAUUGAUCUUUCAUUCUUUUUAUUCCUGCCUUACAUUCCCUUUUUCUUUCUUCGCUUCCAUUUCCCUCCUCCGUGCGUUCACUUCUUUGCCUGAUCCGAAAGGGAAGCCGUUGCAUGUUGCAUCGUUUGUCACCUUAAAACCAACCUCUGAACGAACCGAACUUCAAAACGACGACGACUGACCGUUUCUCGGAAGGACCUCGUACGUUUUACAAAAAAAAGUGCACUUUUCGACAACAGUAAAGGUCACAGUCAGUCAUUUCAUCACCGCUUUUAUCACUAGGAUUCUUUCUAAGCAGCACUCCGUCUUAGCAUUUCUUCCCCCAAGAAAAGAGCAACAGACGUGUUUGGGGUUUUAUAUAUAUAUAUAUAUAUAUAUUCAAGCAUCAUCACACGCCUCCUCCUUCUUUGCCUGUCUCUUUAUUUCGGUUUGGUUUUAAAUUUUUUUUUUUUUUUAAAAGAUGUGGUGGUGGUGCGACGAGCUGCCAUUGCGGUUACUGUCCCUGUGCUCUAUGUUAGAGUGGACUCUCGGCACGUUUGUAGUGCUACGCUGGAGGAGGGAAGAUUGUAUACGAAAGGUCAUACUGCAGAACACCAACGCUAAAGAUGUCAAGUCAGCGGGACGCCUGUGUGUGUCGUGUUACUACAGCGCUCACUGUAUCGAAGACCUACGCAGUAUUAACGAACAGACGGUCCAAUUUUGAUAGCUAACUUGCACUGGGUUGGGAAAUUUAUAAAAUCUUUACUUGCUCUUUUUAAGCUAAUUAAUGCUUAAAAUCAUAGACAUGAUGAUUGUACUUUCCUCCCCAUUACAAAAUGUCGUUUCAGACUUUUGUUUAAUCGUGAAUUUCCUGGACUAUAAGACCCUGUUUUUUACUUAUUUAAAAAAAAAAAAAAAAAAUUCAUAAAAAUUUUAGCUUAAACAUGCGCUAUGAACAUAACAUUAAACAUACAGCCACACUACUGCCAUCACCGUCACCAUGACAGGACGAACAGAAGCUUUGUGUAGAGUGAAUUACGUUAUAACAGUUCUUUUAAAACCUAUUCACAAAACUGCUAAGAUGACCUUGCUACAGAAUUCCGAAGCUAAAAAACAGGGCGGAGUUAACCCUGUUGCUAUUGGCAACCAAGUCUUUUAUGAACAAAUAUCAGCUUGAUGUGAAGUCAAGCUACGGUAAACCAGUCGAGCUGUUAAAACACCAACAAACUGCCAUUUCAGGCUGUUCAUGAUUCAGUCUUCAUACUCUAGGACUCCUUUUAACUUUUCACAAAUUUAGGACGUACUUUCGGAACACCCCCAGUUCCAGAGUUUCUCCUAGAUCUGUUUUAGCCUCAGGAAGCAAUACACAGCUGAACUUCUACAACACUAACAGGACAACAUGGAGUCGUGUUUUUUUUUUUUUUUUCUUUUUUCUUAGCAGACAAUUCAGAGCGUCUUAUAUUCCAGGAAAUACGGUACAUUAAAUGGUAGCAAAUUCCCAAAAUGUUUCACAAGAGCAUUAAAAAAAAAAAAAAAGUUUCCAUAAUCAACUGAGGAUGUUUGCAAAGAAAAACGUGUGUGUUGCUUUGCUUGUUAAAUAAAAAAAAAGCAAGGAGAAUUUGUAAUUGUUGUUUUAAGAUUAUACAGUGGUGUAUUAAAGGGGAACU